AUGGCCUCGCCGUUUCCCAAGUCAACGCCCACGGCCGGAGGGGGUAGCAUCGUGGCUGGGCCACUACCAUCUGGCGGCACAGGACUCGAAGUGAUGCAAUAUCAAUACCCUCUCAAGCUCAUCUCGCCAUCCCCUUCCAGCAGUCAGAAAAGUGUUCUCAUCUUUCUGCUCUCCUACGGCGGAGGCCUGGUCGGUGGUGACUCGGUUGACCUUUCCGUCAAGGUCAAAAAGGACUCACGACUCAGUCUCGUUACUCAAGGGCACACAAAAGUGUUCAAAUCUCCCUCGCGCUCCGUCGUGACAAGUCAGGUCAUGCGCAUUGAGAUUGAAGCCAGCGGUGCCAUGUGCCUUCUUCCGGACCCGGUGCAGCCGUUUGAGGACAGCGUCUACUCCCAGACGCAGAUUUUCAAAACUCGGCCAGGUGCAUCCCUCUGCUUACUAGAUUGGGUCACCCAAGGACGAACCGCAAGAGGCGAGAAUUGGAGCUUUUUUCAGUGGACGGGCCGCAACGAGGUGUGGCUUCAGGACGAUGAGGGGAAAGACAGACUGUUGGUGCGAGACAAGGUCAUUCUCGCUGGCGAUGGCGGCUCCUCGAGCGACGGCCCCUUACGCGAAGUCAUGCACAAGAUGGGCCUCUUUGGCACACUUGUUCUCCGGGGAGAGCUGAUGAAGUCUCUUGGUGACUUUUUUCUCGCCGAGUUUGCCGCUCUUCCGCGACUGGGCUCGAGAGACUUUCGCACAGCCGAAGCCCGCCAAGCGGCAGACGACAACAUGACGGAAUUCGAGGGAUGGCGCAGUUGGAGACUUGACAUGGAGGCGGUGGAAGGCAUAUGGUGGUCGGCUGCCAAUGUCCGUGGCUGUGUCGUGGUCAAGUUCGCCGCCACAGCCAUAGAGGCUGGCCGGGAAUGGAUAGGCUCGAUGCUCAUCAGAGAAGGUAGCAUUGAAGAAAAUUUUGGACAAGAUGCCUUGAUGUGUGUUCGAUAG